GAUGAACUAAUCUUUUUUCAAAUAUUAAAUAAAAUAUUUUGACGACUGAUCCUCAAACCCGAAGACUGAAGAGUAUAAAAACUUCCUGCGAAAGACUCAAUUUGUAUAAAGUGCAAAUUAAUAUAUUACGCAUUACCUUAUAAGUUGACAUUUGUAACCAAAUGCAAGCAAUUGACGUUCAUAACAAGCUGUUUGCAUCUGAUAAUUUCGAAUAUGUCGAAAUCAAUAAAACAUCGGUUCAGCAAAGUACACAUGAACGAAAAACCUUUGUAAAAGGAAUCAAAAAUACUCUGACCUUAUUGAACGGACUUGAAAAUUCUUUUAAAAAAUCAAGUAAAUACGAGGAUAAAUUAUUAAAAUAUAGAAAGACGCAUAAACAUUCUCAUCAUAACGAUAUCUGGAAUACAGACGAUUCUACUACAAAAGACUCAAAAAUUUCAAACACAGAUUGUCUUAAGUCACCCAGAAGUAUUUACAAUGUAACGGAAUCUUGGUCUACCAUGAGCAUGGUGUGUCUUCAAUACCAGUAUGAAGAAUUAAAUAAACGUUACAAUACACUGUUACAAGCCUACAACGAAGGUUGUACUUCACUUAGCUCCCACGACAACGAAGUGUUAAACCUUCGGAAACGCAUAAACGAUGCUCACGAAGAAAUUACUAAUGCGAACAAAACAAUUCUAACUGUUGGAAAUAAGUACUUAACACUUAAACACAGAAAAUUCAUCCAGAAAGUCUGGUACGAAGGUAAGAUACAGAGUCUGAAGAGAGCGAUACGCAUCAUACUCUUGACGGCGGAGCGCGCGUGUCUCGAGUUAAAUGAGAAGCCGUGAUGCGGACGUUGUGUCAAGGUUAAAGGCGUCUCUAUCAUAUUGGGAAGAAAUAAGAUUUUA